CCUCUCGCACACGAGUCUCGGCUGUGCGAGUCAAGAGCACCUCGACAGCGCUCCAGGCGCUGCGUCCUGACGCCUCGCCGCGACCGCGCCGCAGACACCUCCGCCAUGGCGCUCCAGAUGGGCGGCGGCGCCAUGCCGAUGCAGAUGCAGACCACGGGCGCGAUGCCGAUGCAGAUGAUGCCGCAGCAGGCCAUGCCGAACUUCGCGCCGCCGCAGGGCGCCGCGCCGGCGGCGCCGGCCGGCGGCGGCGUCGCGCCGGGCGCCGCCGACGUCAACCGCCGGAAGGAGGACCCGUCGCUGCGCGACGGCGCCGCCGCGUGCUUCACGCUCGAGGUCCACGGUUCCACCGUACGAGCGGCCUGCUGGGACGGCCGCGGUGCGAAGCCGUUACCGUUUGACGCCCAGAAGACGGGCGCCUGCCCCGCGACGCUCAAGAUCGACGAUGCGUCGCAAUUCCUCAAGUGGACGCGCAAGAAGCCCUCGCAGCGCGCGGCCGAGCCCCACCUCGCCGGCGCGAAGGUCGGCGCGCGGGGCCGCGACGAGAUCCUCGCGCCCGGCGCGUCGCUCGGCGCGGUCGAUGGCCUCCAGUCCACGAUGACCGAGGAGUCCGACUUCGGCGCCGUCAAGGAGGCCUGCUACGACUUGGACGGAGAGAAGGUCGCGCCGCAUCUCGCCGUGGCGCUCCUCUGCGCGAAGCCAAGGCAGCGCGCGACGCAGCUCGUCGAGCGGCCCGUGCGGCGUUGUACAAUUGUCGCCCCCGCCUCGGCGAGCGCGGCCUGGCGCCUGGCUUUGUGUCGGGCGCUCGAGGCCGUCGACUGCACCGCGGCGUCGAUCGUCGGCGCGCCGGUCGCGGCGCUCGUGGGCAAGGCGCUCAAGGAGCCCCAGGCCUUCGGGGCCGCGGCCGUCGACGGCAUUGAGGGCCGCGUGGUCUGCGUCGACGUGACGAGCAUGGGCGUGGAUUGUGCUGUGGUCGAUGUGGACGAGGGCCAGUUCCGGGCCGUGGCCGUCGCCGGCGAUGUGCUGAAGAAGGAUAGGGCCGCCCUCGUCAAGUGCGCGCUGGGCGAGAAGAAUGACGCUUUGGUGGCCAAGUGCGAGACGGCGGCGCGCGCCGUCAUCAAGCAGGCGCUCGCCUCUAUUAGUAAGGAGGCGCUCGAGGCGCCGUCGCAUUACUUGGUGCGGGGCGAAGCUACUCUCGCAGAAGCGGCUCUAAAAGCGGCCGCGUCCCUGGCCAAGAAGAACGUCGCCGUCGUCGAGGCGGAAGCUGUGGAUGCGGUCCUCGGCGCCGCCUUCCUCACAGCGUCGGAGCUCGGGCUGCCGCAGGCGCCCGAAAUCUCGCAGAAGAGCGUCCUCGCAUCCAGUAUUGGUAUUGCGCCGCUGGUCCGCGGCUCGCCGGACACGAAACAGCAAGAAACGUUGUUCGAAGCGGGCGAAGACUUGCCGUGCUCGGCGCGGCAUGCGUACGUGAGGAAAGAUUUACUCAAGGAGCGCCAGCUCACGGACGACGCCGAGCUGAGCUGGGCCUUCGUCGAGGACUCGACGGCGCUGCGGGAGGGCUGCUACGACCCGUUCGAGACCGUCGAUGAUGAUGACGAAGUGACGCAUGCCCAGAAGUGCACCGUCGAGUACUCCGUCGAUACGAGAGGCAUCCCCGUGGCUCGAGUAUUGGCGGCGGCCGUCCCGCGGAACGCCGAGAGGAUGAAGCGCAAGGCGGAGGAGAAGAAGUGCCACGGCUACCUGAAGAUGUUCCUGCUGGCCUUCGUGGCCCUGCCGGGCUCCUUCACUUUAUAUCACAUGGGCAAGCGGCGCAUCACGCGCGCCAAGACCAUCGCGAUCCUGGAGGACUUUUACGGGAGGGCGCAGCCGGACAAGGUCGCGAACGGUGCAUAAAUCAAAUUGUCGCGACGCGUCUCCACCACGGCUCAAUCAUGGCCCCCACGCCAUCGACGCGACGCCGGCUCGAUGGCGUGCCCCUGGGGGUCUUUCGCCGCUCCAUUCGGUCAGCGCGGUCGCGUUUUCGCCGUGGAAGGACUUAGUGAAGAAUUAUCGGGUGCGCCCGACUCACUGGUUGAUUUACGCACAGGUCGCGAACGCGGGGACCAUCGCGGAUAAAUACGAGGGCUUCGAGGAGCUCCUCUACAAGAGGUUAGAAAGACAGUACGAGUCCGUGCCCGGCGGGCCGUUCAAGGUCUGGCGCAAGGGGCCGCCGUUCCCGGCGCCCGAGGCGGACGCGACGGAGGAGGACGUCGUCGACUUGGACGCGGAGGAAGGAGGCCAUGAUGAGAUGUAACUUGAAU